AAUCCAAUUCAUCAAAUCCGCUAAGAAAGAAACUCUCUCUUUCUCUCUUUGUCCCAUGCGUUUCCUCAAACACCAACUCCUUUAACUCUGUCUCUGUCUCUCUCUUUCUCACUCCCCCCACAGACGAAAACUCUUCUCCAAUCACGUGAGAGGAGAGGAGAAGGAGAAGAUGGCAUCGGGGUUCACCGCCGGCGGGGCCCCCGACUUCUUCAGCGGCCGAUCCACCACCAUGACGAACCAGCCUCAGCAUCCACAGCAGGGCUACCGAUCCCAGCUUCCGGGUCUCCUUACGGACCCAUCCAUCCAGAUCGCUCGCCAGCAAGCCGCAGCGUCCAGCCUAAUCGGGAAGCGAACUCUGGCCGAUUUCCGAACCCCGCAGUUCCAGAAUCCACCACCGCUCAAUAGUCUUUUUCUCCGCUCCGUCAAGCCCCGGAGGAAUUACCACCACUCCUCCCCUAUAUCCACUUUAUCCCCCAUUGAUUUUUCCACCAGCAACCCCACCUGUCUUACCAGUUCUCCAGAAGCAUCUUCUUUGUUGCUAUCGUCGCAGCAGCAGCAGCUACAACAACAACAACAACGUUACGGCCUCCCCAUCAUACAACAACACCACCAGCAACAGUUUCGGCCUCAACCAAUUGAUGCCAUCGGAAAUUCUAGAAUUGUUCCGCAACACAAUACUGCAACUAUUUCAACCUUACCCGGCGUUCCCUACAUGAAUACAACGACGAUGACGACGACGCUCAUAAACAGCACGGUUCCCCAAGACAGACUUUUGUCGUCCGCCCAGGAUUUAUCGGAGCAGAAGAUGAUGAAUCAUCGGCUCCAGGAAUUGGAGAAACAGUUAUUGGACGACGACGAUGAGAACGGCGACGAAGGCGACGCCGUUUCAGUGAUCACCAGCACUAAUAGUGAGUGGUCCGAGACCAUCCAGAACUUGAUUAGUCCGACCCAGAAACCCAUUUCGCCCUCCCCCACUUCCUCGACGUCGUCGUCGACCUCGUCCAACUCCUCGGUACCUUCGCCUGGGUCCACCUGCUUAAAGCAAUCGCUAAUGGAGGCUGCGACCAACAUUUCGGAAGGCAGAAACGACGCCGCGGCGGAGAUCCUCACGCGCCUGGCCCAGUUCUCUUCCAACCACAAAGGGAGUUCUGAGGAGAGGCUGAUGAGUUACAUGGUCGCCACGCUGAAAUCGCGCAUGAAUCCGUCUGAAAACCCACCCCCUGUCGCCGAGCUUUUCCACAAGGAACACGCUGAGGCGACCCAGCUCCUCUACGAGAUGUCGCCCUGCUUCAAGCUCGGUUUCAUGGCCGCCAACCUCGCAAUUCUGGAUGCGGCAUUAGAGGAUGAGUCCGAGAGCGGCAACAGAAUUCACGUGAUCGAUUUCGAUGUCGGGCAAGGUGGUCAGUAUGUGAAUCUCUUGCACGCGCUCUCGGCGCGUCAGAAGGGUAAGCCGUUCUUCGUGAAGAUCACGGCGGUUUCAGAUAGUGAUGGGGCGAGAGAGAGGCUGGGGAUUGUGGGUGAGAUGCUGAGUCGUCUAGCGGAUAGUGUCGGGGUUUCCUUCGCGUUCAAGAUGGCGGAGAGUCAGAAACUCAGUGAGCUGACCCGGGAGUCCCUGGGCUGUGACCUUGACGAACCACUGGCGGUGAAUUUCGCUUUCAAGCUGUGCAGAAUGCCGGACGAGAGCGUGUCGACGGAGAAUCCUCGGGACGAACUGCUCCGGCGAGUAAAGGCGAUGGAGCCGCGCGUGGUGACCCUGGUGGAGCAAGAAAUGAACGCCAACACGGCGCCGUUCCUGGCGCGGGUGGCGGAGACGAGCGCGUACUACGGAGCGUUGUUUGACUCGAUGGAGGCGACGGUGCCGAGGGAUAGCCCGAACAGAGUGAAGGUGGAGGAGGGACUGAGUCGGAGGCUGGGGAACUCGGUGGCGUGUGAGGGGAGGGACCGCGUGGAGAGGUGCGAGGUUUUCGGGAAGUGGCGGGCCCGGAUGGGCAUGGCAGGGUUCCAGUUGAGGCCGCUGGGCCGAAACGUGGCGGAGGCGAUGAGGGCGCGACUCAAUGGAGUUGGAAACCCGAACCGAGUCAAACCGGAUUUCACGGUUAGCGAAGAAAACGGAGGGGUUAGCUUUGGAUGGAUGGGCCGGGCCCUCACCGUCGCAUCUGCUUGGCGUUAACUUCACUCUUUUUUUUCGACUUUUCUCUUUCUAAUGUUAUAAUUAUUAUUAUUAUAAUUGUUACUCCAUUGGUAUGUUGUUAA